GUUCAUGCGCAUGCAACUCACGGCCUCUGGCGGGUUUGCUGCGCACAUUGCGGACCCGAGCGGGUUCAAUGCCUGGCGCUCUGACGACUUUACCUUCGACACGCUGCCGCGCGAGCUGCGCAUCCUCAUCCUCAGCUUCCUUCCGCCAGAGGACCUGUUUCGCCUCGCAGCCGUCAACCGCAACUGGUAUGACAUUACCAACGACCCCAUCCUGUGGCGGCACGUGCUGAUGCAGGAGAUGCCGCUGUGGCCCACUGUGACGUCGGCCACGUUUCCAAACCACCACGCGCUGUUCAAGGACCCAAAGGCGACGUAUCGCCGCUGCUCCCCGCUGAUGGGCGAGCACCGCGCCGAGCUAUCGCUGCUGCCUGCGUCGUCCCCGCCGCCCGUGGUGCGCCACCUGUUUGCCCGCCACCGCCGCUUCCGCGUCGCCGUCUUUGGCGCGGGCCUCGAGCACAUUGCACACGGCCUGGUCACCGAGAUUCUCUGGGGCGCAGACAGCCCCUUCCAGGUCCUCGGCAUGUCCCCAGGCACAGAUGGUGUGGGCGGGGGCGUGUCGCUCAGGGUGGAUGCGCACACGGCGUUUGACAUGAUCACGCUGUACCAGAAGACGGCUGCGGAGCGCGCGCGCCAAUCAGACGAGGACACGGGGCGGCUGCAGAAUGGGCGGGGGGAGCUGCGUGAGAGCGAGCGGCGGGUGUGCGAGCACGUGGACGCGUUUGUGAUGGUGGUUGACGCUGCGCGGCUGGGCGACGCGGCAAGCGCAGCGCAUGUGCGGCGGUGCUGUGAUGAACUGCAGCUGUUCAUGAACCCGGCAUGGACCCGCACGUGUGCACCGCUUGUUGUCUGGAACUGCUCCUCAAGUGCAACCCCGCGCAGGGCCUCUGCCGUCCAGGCGGCGGAGGUGCUGCGUCUGCCGAGCCAGCCGCGGGUGUGGCGCGUUGAGGACGUCUGUGUGGAGAACUUUGCCGGCCCCAUCUCCCGCACCGCCCGCUGGCUCGCACGAAACAUCGCUUGAUACCGACACGUGGCACAUCGUGUGUGCGUUGCGUGGUGUGACUUUUGGUUGUUGUGGUUGAUAUGUUCUCGCUCUUGACCUCCCCAACCAACAACUCUCAACGUCCACGAUAUUGGUUGCAUUCGAUUUCUUCGCCUCGCUAGCUUGUCGACCCGUGCGUUGUUCGUCUCAGCAUGUUACAUGCUUUCGUGUUACUUCCACGCGAGUCCUUGCAUUUGUUUGAAUAUACUUUGUGAAAGCGGUCUCUCAAUACACAACAAGAGUCUUAUUGAUGUAACAUCAAGCCACAAGGCGCAACCUUUCUCCCUC